CGGAAUCCCCAAAUUAUUUUUCCACCCAAAACGCAACCGCCAAAAUCACUCCACGGAUUCGAAAAAGUCAACAAAAGAAAUAAAAAUUACUCACCUAACACACACACAUUUUGCUUUGUGCUCAUCUCCUCAAUUGCUUUUGAAGUUAAGGUGAGGGAAAUGGCUGGAAAAGGUGGCAAAGGGCUUUUGGCCGGAAAGACGACCGCAGCUGCGGCGAACAAAGACAAGGACAAGAAAAAGGCGCCGACUUCUCGUUCAGCCCGUGCUGGUCUUCAGUUUCCAGUUGGUCGAAUUCAUCGUCACCUAAAGUCAAGAACUAAUGCCCAUGGGAGAGUUGGAGCCACAGCUGCUGUUUAUUCUGCUGCAAUUCUUGAAUAUUUGACAGCAGAAGUUCUUGAGUUAGCUGGAAAUGCGAGCAAAGACUUGAAAGUUAAGAGAAUAACACCACGGCAUUUGCAGCUGGCCAUUCGAGGGGAUGAGGAGCUGGACACCCUUAUCAAAGGAACCAUUGCUGGUGGUGGCGUGAUUCCUCACAUCCACAAAUCCCUCAUCAACAAAACCACCAAGGAAUGAGUAAAUGUGUUUUGCUUACUGCUGUUGAACUGACGAACUUGUUUAUUUUGUGAUUGUGUUUAUUUCUCUUGUUCUUAGGUAAGUGUGGUAGGAACUUAUGCAGGUUGAAAAUUUACAUUUUAGAUCACCUAAUUGAACUGGUAGCUAUGUUUUGAUGUAGUUAUUUCCAUUUAACUUUAAAGCUAGUGUUACAAUGUUUCAUUGUAUGGCUAUUCUCGUACCAUUGAAUUA